GCCCGCUCGACUUAACCUACCUAUCAAACCAACCUCACAGACAGACAAAAUGAAACAAUGCCACACCCCGCGACAGCGACAACGCUCCAGCAAAGCCUAUCCAUCCUAAGGACCUUCCUCUUACCCAAAGCCAUCCACCCACCACCCUCACUCCGCCGCUCCUUCACCCUCACCUCGUCGUCCUCCGCAAAACAGCUCCCUCCGCGCCUCAAAAUCGACGAUGCCGACUUGACGGUAUCCUAUCUCAAGGGCACCGGCCCAGGAGGCCAGAAGAUUAACAAAACCAAUUCCGCUGUCCAACUCAUCCACAAACCCACCGGCAUAGUGGUGAAAUCCCAAGCCACGCGAUCGCGGUCCCAGAAUGAGAAAAUCGCUCGGCAGAUCCUGGCUGAUAAAGUCGAGGAGGUGCUGAAGGGCGAUGCGAGCCGGAAUGCUAUUCGGGCUGAGCGCGCACGCAAGAAGAAGGCCAGCAAGAUGAAGAAGACUCGGCGGAAGUAUCGGGAGUUAGAGAAGGGGGCGCAAAAUGAGGAGCAUGAGGACGGAGACGAGGUCAACCUAGAAGAUGACGCAGGGGAUUGUCCUGAGGACCAAGGAGCGCCGCAUGUCUCUCGCUUGGAUGCUAAAUAUUCUACCACCGAGGAAACUUCUGAGCAUCACACCGCUGAACAGAAGCAGCUCGGAUGAUCGGUCGUCUGCUGUAUUUCUCCCGAAACGUCACGACGGGGCUCCGUCUAGCUGCGGAAUGGCCAGUCUACACUUCAUCUCAUUGUGCUACUGCCGGUCAGGUCUUGCACCAAUCUAAUGGACAUAACAGACACUUUUAAGGAUGAAU